AUGGCCGGUGAGGAGGAGGUGCAGAUGGUAGAGUCUUGCUUUGUGAUGCCGGCCGCUGCCACACCGGGAAGAGCGCUGUGGUUGUCAAUGCUCGACCUCAUUCUAGCCAACAAAGGCCACACCCCACUUAUCCAUUUCUACCGUCGACGUGGUGGUUCCGUCGGAACCACCGAGGAUGACUUCUUUGAUGUGGUCAGGUUGAAGACGGCAUUGGGCAAGGCCCUCGUGGCCUUCUACCCCCUGGCCGGCCGUCUCAGACCGGACGCCAAGGGCAAAUUGGAGAUCGACUGCAACGGCGAGGGUUUACCUUUCCUUGUGGCUCGCUCUCGUCUGACUGUUGAUGACUUUAGUGACUUGAAGCCAUCACCAAGGCUAAGGAGGUUGUUUGUUCCCCUCGUCGACGACUCAGCAGGCAUCUUGUGGGCCAUUCAGGUGACAUUCUUGAAGUGUGGCGGGGUGGUCUUAGGGACGGCGACACACCAUGGCGCUAUGGAUGGAACUGCCGCAUUCCACUUCUUCCGGACAUGGUCAGCUUUCUCUAGGGACCGCGUCCAGGCUGUGGUGAACCUCCCUUACCAUGACCGCACCCGCUUAUGUGCACGCAACCCACCCAUUUUUCACCCUGAUGCACUCUCAACUUUUUUCCCCAAGAUAAUCCUAUCCCAGACUCCAGGGCCUGUUGUCAACGAGGCGUUCACCCUUCAGCAGGACCAAGUUUCCACUCUUGAACACGUUUGCGGUGGCGGAAGCGUGAGCACCUUCAGUGUCGUGAGUGCCCAUGUGUGGCAAACUGGCAAUGCAUGUGUUUAG